GAAAAAAUGUCUGAUAAUUCAGAAGAUGAUCGUAAUAAAAUACCCCGCAUUAUGACAUUUCGCCCCAGUUAUGAAGAAUUUAAAGAUUUCUCUAGCUACAUAGACUACAUAGAAUCGAGGGGAGCACAUUUGGCUGGGUUGGUGAAAAUAAUACCACCCCCUGAAUGGCAGCCAAGGAAAUCGGGUUAUGAUAUCGAUGAAAUAAAUAUGACAAUACCAGCACCAAUAUGUCAGGUCGUUUCGGGAAAACAAGGUGAAUAUCAACAAAUCAAUGUCAUGAAACGUUCUAUGACUCUGCGCCAGUUCAAAGAGCUGGCCGAAUCAGAACGCUAUCAAACGCCUAAACACUUUGACUAUGAUGAUUUAGAAAGAAAAUAUUGGAAAAAUGUAACCUAUAUAGCACCGCUCUAUGCGGCCGAUGUCAAGGGCUCUUUAAGUGACAAUGAUUUAGAUGUGUGGAACAUUGAUAGACUAGAUACUAUUUUGAAUUUUGUUAACAAAGACUAUGGCAUAGAGAUAGAUGGUGUUAAUACCGCCUAUCUAUAUUUUGGCAUGUGGAAGAGUUCUUUUGCCUGGCAUACCGAAGAUAUGGAUCUAUAUUCAAUUAAUUAUUUACACUUUGGAGCACCAAAAACCUGGUAUGCCAUACCGCCUGCUUAUGGUCGUCGACUGGAGAAGUUGGCCAAUCGUAUUUUCUAUGAAAAUUAUCAGAAUUGUAAUGCUCAUUUAAGGCAUAAGAUGACUUUAAUAAGUCCACAUGUUUUGCGUCAAAAUAAAAUACCAUUCAAUCGUAUUACCCAAGAGGCGGGAGAAAUAAUGAUUACCUUUCCCUAUGGCUAUCAUGCUGGUUUUAAUCAUGGUUUUAAUGGCGCUGAAUCGACUAAUUUUGCUUCAAAACGUUGGAUUGAGUAUGGAAAGAGGGCAUCAAUUUGUCAUUGCCACAAAGAUAUGGUGAAAAUCUCAAUGGAAACUUUUGUUAGACGUUUUCAGCCAGAACGCUAUGAACAUUGGCUAAGAGGUGUAGAUUACGGUUGUCAUCCCGAAGAGCCGGAUAAAAUAUGUGCAGCACCACCGCCUACUAUUAAUAAAUACACUUAUUUGAAAAGAAAAAUCUCCCAUGAUUCGGAUAUAUCACAGCAUUCAACUAAUCAACAGCAACAAUCGGAUAUUAAAAAUCACAAAUCUUCUGCUACUUGCCAUCAAAAACGUGGUUGUUCCUCUCUUGUCGUAAGAGAUGAAACUCUCAACCAUCAAAUGGAUCAAACAACAUCAGCAAACUUACCCGCCAACAAUAUGACUACUGCAGCCAGUACAACAAAUAAUUUAACAUUGAAGAAAAUACCAACAAUAAAAUUACAUAAAAUUGAUAAUAAUCAUAAUAAUACACAACAAAAACAUUACGAUUAUAAUGCAACGGCAGUGAUAAAACUAAAACGUUUGUGGCAGGAGUUGCCUUGUCCGAAACAGGGUAAAAAUCUUCUUACCAAUGGUAUUAUAAAAAAUACUAAACGUAUGCGUUUUCAAACGAAAACCAUAAUUUUGGAUGAUGAAGACUGAAGCUGAUGUUCAACAAUUUAUUUUGUUUUUUUUUUUCCUAUCUUUAUACUAUUCUUUAGUUUUAUUUUCUCCUAAGACUCUGUUUUCUUUAUUAUGUAUUUCUUAAGAUUUUUUUUUUAAUUUUAGCGUUUUAUUAUUUUAAAAUACUUUCCUUACUUUCAUCCUAUUUCAAGCCUAUUUCGAUCUCAUAUACACUAGUGUAUAUUAUAAACCAAAUUUUUAGUUUAAUUUAAUAUUUACCUUAUGUUUUUUAUUAUCAAACAAAAAUCACCACUAUUCAAUAGUGUGUUUAUUGAAUAAUUCUAUGUAAUUCAUAUAUAUUUUGUUAAAAAUUUAAGAAUUUUGAAAUUUUACAUUUAAUGCAAUAUUGUCAAGAAUUAGUUUGUUUAUUAAAUGUUUUUUUUUUUUAAAUAAUUUAGUUAUAACUUUAGACAAUUUAAAAUUUUUUGUAUUUCAUUUUAGACACUGUUACAAACAUUUAUUCUACUGUAAAAUCUGCAAAUAUUCAAAGACUAAAACAAAUCUAAGAUUUGUUUUAUAAAAUAUUUUCUUAUAUAUUUUUUGCCAUUAUUAUGAAAUAUUUCAAGUUUUUGGAUGAUAUAAAAUAAAUAU